AUGUUGAUUUUCUGCCUUUCUUGGCUUACAACAUAUGAACAUUGGAAAGGAAGCAGUUUAGUUGAAGUGUAUCUGCGACAAGUGCGUAGAGAGCCGUCUUUUCCCCCGCAUCCUCAUCGGGUCACCAGCCCUCAGGCGGUCCAUCCGAGAUUCGCGCGCUACGCCUCAGGGAGGACACCCGACACCCGAACGUCGCCCACUCACCCACACAUCUCCUGA